CUGUAUGUUGAUUGCUUGAUCUGUUCUAUCCCUGUACCCACCCUCUCCCUCACACUGUUCUGCGAUCCUUCGGACGAGCCAGUCUUCAGCAACAGUUUCUGAUGCCAGCAGGCCCAGCCUCCGAACAGCAGCCACGACGCAGCAAGAGGAUCGCCGAUCACCAACAGCGACAGCAACCUCCAGUUCCGCAACCGCCACAGGCCAGUACUCAGAUGGCGAACACGCCACACAGCGGAUCAUCAUCCGAGGGUUCGACAGCUAGUAAUGCCGAACCCUUACCGGUCUGUCCGGCGCGAGGGUCGAAUGAGCCCCUCCCGAACUUCAUUCAGAGAAUGCAGGACUAUACAGCCGCACUCACCCAGGUCAAGGAACAGCAAGAGGCUGCCGCGGCCGAAAGACUACGGCUAGCAGAGGAAGCUGCAGCACAAACCAGGCGUCAAGCCGAGGCAGACCAGUUGGCGAUCGAUCAGCUCAACGCCGGCAGCGCUGAAGUUGUAAGUGCUAACCAAGCACAAUGGACAGCGGUGCUCAACGGGAUGCGUUAUGUUCCGGCACCCGGCAGCGAGCCGACAACAGUACAGCAAGAGAGGCACGACCUGGCAGAUAUUCUACUCCAUACAAUGCGCGCCGUCAUUUGGAACAGCUCCAUGGGGGAGCUGCAUUCCCGGUCCACACUGCAGCUGCAGCACGAUCUGAGCCAGAACGUGAAGAUACUUGCAGCAGCUGUCAAGGUCGCAGACAACCAGUUGAAACAGCUGGAUGCACGCAUUGCUACCUUGGAGGCAAGGCCUCCCCAAGCAGCGCCAGGCUGCACGCCAGAUAUGACAGACACAACGAAGCAGCUCAAUGGGCGCAUCGAUCAUGUCAUCAAUCUCAUCGGCGACAUAGGUGUUUUCAAUGGGCCGGACACGAUCAGUAACACGGUGGCCGCCAUCAAGACGGACAUCACCAAGCUGCAGACGAAACCGGACGCCACUACGAAGAACUACAAGAUGCCGCACUUCGACAUCAGCAAGUUCGACGACCACAACAAGACGGACGCUUUGGCAUGGUGGCAACGUUUCCUCAUGGAGGCAUCAUGCCGCACUGUCCCGGACGACUAUCUGAUGAAGGCGUUAUACUUGCAGCUGAUUGGAGGAGCGCAGGCAUGGAUGAACCAUCUGGCGGCUACCCACACAUGCACCAUCGCCGAACUUCACAAGCACAUCACGUCGAAGGAGUUCGAGCAGCUAUGGUUCACCCGGUUCAUGGUCCGCAACGUCGUGAAGGCGGCCAUGAACGAGGUGUACACCUGCUCUCAAGGAAGUAUGCCAACUCGAGACUGGACAACCAAGUGGCAGAAGAUAGUGACCACACCAGGCUUCAAUUUGACUUUUCCUAAUCAACGAUCCGAGUUCUUCUCGCGAUCGUGCUCAGGAUUGCGGUCGGCACUCAGUAACGAGUACGACUAUACCUCGUUCCAGGCUAUCCUGGAUCGCGCAAACCUGGUCAUCCAAACGGACGACAAGGCCGCUAACGAGAAACAAUCCCAGCCGCAUUAUGUGGCUAAGCAUGGCUAUCAACGUCCGGCACAUAACAAUGCCGUAAUUUCUGAAGAAACAGACGAUCUCCACGCUGCAGCAGCAUCCUCGAGUGAUGGAGGAAUUGUAGUAGCGCUCCCGCCGAAGCAUCCUAAGAGGGUCCGGAAACCCAAGGCGACACAAGAGACGGCAUCGACGGGAACUGGGCAGCAGCCAUGGACGGCCUACAACAUCACCAAGGAAGUCUAUGAACUUCGCCUUGGCUCGCGCGUUCGAAGGAAGACGCAACCCACGCAAGUCACACUCGCGGACGGCCGCACGCAAAAGUCAAUUGACCGAUGCGUCGACGGCGUUCCGAUCUACUUUGCGCCGCUUGCGUGCGAGCCGGUGUCUUUUGAUAUCCUCGACACCAAGUUCGACAUGAUUCUAGGCAUGUCUUGGUUGCGUAGCGCCGAUCAUCCAGUGAACUUUCAUGACCGAACCGUUCACAUCCGUGAUCAGAACGGAGUGUUAGUCCCAUGUACGGUCGCGACCCCUCACACUUCGAUUGCUUGUCACGUGGUUUCCGUUGCGAGAAUUCGCGACGCCAUAGCUCGGAAUGACGUCGAGGAGAUGGGCCUUGUAUUCUUGCAUGCUCUCCCCUCGCCGGACGGACCAGCCGCGUCACCGCCAGACCCACGCAUUUCUCACCUCUUGGACGAGUAUGGAGACGUCUUCGAGGCUCCCACCGGAACGGUUUCGGAUCAGCCCAUACGUCACGGGAUCACUCUCGAGGCUGUCGUCGUCCCUCCGCGUGGAUGUAUCUACCGCAUGAGCGAACAGGAACUCGAGGUGCUUCGCGCACAACUCGAUGACCUUCUCGACAAGGGCUGGAUUCGCCCUGGUUGCUCGCCAUACGGUGCCCCUGGAAGAAGAACAAAGAUCUACGGUUAUGCAUCGACUAUCGGAAACUUAACGCACAAACCGUAAAGAACGUCGGCCCUCUCCCUCGGAUUGAUGAUCUUCUUGAGCGGUUAGGCGGCGCGACGUACUUCUCGAAGUUGGACUUGAAGUCAGGUUACCACCAGAUUGAAAUCCAGCCUCAAGACCGGUACAAGACCGCGUUCAAGACGUGG